AUGAUGUUGUCUGAUGGUGUAGAUGACUGCUUUCUUGCAAUAAUUUGCCACAAUGGGCACGUGGCAUGCUCCUCAUGCUGUGUGAAGCUUUCAAACAAGUGCCAUGUCUGCUCCUUACCCACUGGCCAUAGCCAAUGCCGGCCUCUAGAGAUCGUCAUUGAAGCCAUAAAGAUCCCCUGCCCCCAUUGCACAUUUGGCUGCCGAGAGACCAUCUCCUACAACCAGAAAGACACCCACGAGGAGUCCUGUCCAUUUGCCCCCGGCUCCUGUCCCGUCUUGAGCUGCACCUUUCGAGGCUCCACUGCACUACUUUCGGGCCACAUCCGGAAUGAGCAUCGCUCCACCACCCCCCAGAUCUCUUUCUCUUAUGACCGAUCCUUCAUGGUCGCUCUGCAGCGAAAAGAGCCAUGUUAUGUUCUCCAUGGGGAGGAUGACCGCAUCUUUCUCCUACUCAAUGAAUGCAAUUUUUUUGCCUUAUGGAAUUUACUUUCAAUCGCUUGUAUAAGACCAGGUUCACUGGAGUCGGACUUGGGGUUCAACAUCAUGGUGGAGGGAAAGGGAAGCGAGCUCCAUCUCAAAUCUUCACCCGAGAACAUUAGGGAGUUCAAGGUGGCUUCUGAUGCAGAGAGUUUCCUCUUUGUUCCCCGUGCAAUUAAUGACUCAGCUGGGAUGAUCUCUAUUGAUGUUCUCAUUAGGAAGACGUAGAAUGAUGCUGAUCUCUUGCCGUUUACCUUUGUUUUUUUGUCAUAAUGCUGGUUAGACAGGUCGUCACUUUAUCUAUGUGGAUGUUGGUAAUCAUGCUGCAUCUGGGUUGAGUGCAUAAUUUGCGAUUCACUUAAACGUGCUUCAAGUCGUGUACGUUCUUCAUAGUUUUGUGCUGUUUGGCACCCUUGGCCAUUAAGUGGGACUUGGAAUCCGUCUUAUGCUCCCAUUGAUGC